CUUAUUGACAUGGGAAGUUCUUGGAAUGAAAACUCCGGCCCGGAGACUUAUCCUCCGACUGCACCAUACCCUCCCCCGCACACCGAUCCGCCAAGUAGGGUGGCUCCAGGUACUCCGACAACAUAUCCUCCGAUGAAUAUUGCAUCGCAAGGUGGCCAUGUAGGGUCCCCAUAUCGGCCUGGUACCCCAUCGGUAGGUCGACCAUGGUCGACUGGAUUGUUUGAUUGCGGGCAAAAUCAAACUAAUGCUAUCAUGACAGCCUUCUUUCCAUGUGUCACAUUUGGCCAAAUUGCAGAGAUUUUGGAUGAAGGAGAAACAAGUUGCACACUGGGAAGUUUCAUGUACAUACUGAUGGUGCCAGCCCUGUUAACAUGUUGGAUCAUGGGUUCAAACUACAGAAGAAAACUAAGAAACAAAUACAACCUUGUUCAAGCUCCAGCUGAAGAUUGGACUGUUCAUCUCUUCUGUCCUUGUUGUUCCCUUUGUCAAGAAUUCAGAGAGCUCCAUAACAGAGGAAUUGAUCCUUCUCUUGGCUGGAUGGGUUAUCUUGCUCAACAGCAGCAGGGAACAACAACAAUUGAACCUCCAAAAGAUCAGUUCAUGACAAAGUGAAAAGUAAUUGGUUUAGAAAUUGCAUCUCAGAAUGUUUCUUGUGCUUCUAUCUUUUUUGGUUUGCUGCUUCUUGUGUGAAGUAUUUGAUAUUCUUCUUUUUUGGAACUUUUUAGUGAUUGUAUAAUUUGGUAUUAUAUUGAUUUAUGUGUUUUUUUUU